CGGUCUUUUUGUUCUUGUUCCUCCACCCGACUCCAUCCCCCCAAAGCCCUUGCGCACUUGAAGGACCUAGGCGCGUCGUUCUUCCGCUGUGCUAAUUUUCGUUUCUUACUUUUGGUACCAGCAGUCAUGGCCUCGGUCACCAUCCAUGAGGAGUCGCAAUCGUUCGCUGCAGAGCUCGUCGUGGACGUCCUCACUCCCCGCCGUCUCAAGAACCUUACGCUAUCGGGAUUGCAUGGCCCGCCAUUCUGGGAGACGAUGGAUACAAGUCCCCAGGGCCUGCAACUGUCCCUUGCGGUAAUCCUUGACCACUUCACGGAAGGUAUGACAGGGCAUCUCCACGUUCACAACCUGGAUCUUUCCCUUCUUGACGACGAUGCAUACGAGCAGUUCCUCCAACUUGUGGAUAGUGCACCAGGACGCUCCGGAGCCACGUCUAUCAACCUCGGCUGUCUCGUCUUCCGCACUAUCACAGACGUCGCAACACUUUUAACGCGUUGUUCAUCGGCAAGAACAGUCAGAGUCCGAGAUCUCACUAUUCUUGCUCCCAUGGAGGGGGAAAUAUUUGCUUCUGACGUUCAAUGGGAUCAAAAAAAGGUUUUUAUUGGAAGAGGAGGACAAGUUCACCUCUUUUAUAUCAUGCUAGACGAGCACGUCCGUCUCGACAACCUCAAGGUGCUCGUCGUCUCCGACAUCACUCAGCAAACAAUGCUCCAGCUCAGAGAAGUCUUGCGAAAGGCUGGUGGGGCUUUGCAUGUGUUGAGCAUCCCUCUACUUUCUUGCGACUUAAGCCUCCUCCCAUCGUUGGAUUUAACAUCCAAUUCCUCUUUACGUGUGCUAACGAUAAGCCACGGUCUUGGGGCAGGGAAUCCUAUUCAAAUAUCAUCUGUAUAUACGUCGGUGCUUGGAGACGCUCCUUGCUCCAGCCCAUUAUUGGCGAGCAUCGAGCUUGAGCGUCUUCAAGCUGAAGAUUAUCAUCGAGACUGACCAGUG